AGGAGGCAAAUGCUGCCCCAGCUGUUUCCUGUUGAAAAUGUCUGUGUAAUGUAGAUAAAUGUGAGGGAUUUUCUCUCUAAAUCCGUCUCCUGUUCGCUAAAUCUCACUUCUCCAAAACGAGCCUGCGCAAUGGAACAAAGUCGGAAUAUUGAGAUGUGACAUUGCCCGCAUCUCAUCCUCUUUCUCCCCGUUUUUUAAUGACUUCAAACAAGUUCAUUUUCGCCGGGCUUUGACUUGCCGAGACCCGUGGGGAUGUCUAGCGCUCUCUCCUCUCAGUGGCAUUUAUGUGAUGUCUUCAAGAGUGCGAUGUGCUGUAUCUCCUGUAGCCACACCCUCUCACUACUGCUGUGUGUCCUCACCCUGACUCCGACGGCAACAGGGGCGGGACCAGAGACCCUGUGCGGGGCGGAGCUGGUCGACACGCUGCAGUUUGUGUGUGGAGAGAGAGGCUUUUAUUUCAGUAAACCAGGUUAUGGCCCAAAUGCACGGCGGUCACGUGGCAUUGUGGACGAGUGCUGCUUCCAAAGCUGUGAGCUGCGGCGCCUGGAGAUGUACUGUGCACCUGCCAAGACUAGCAAGGCAGCUCGCUCUGUGCGGGCACAGCGCCACACAGACCUGCCGAGAGCGCCUAAGGUUAGUACCGCAGGGCACAAGGUGGACAAGGGCACAGAGCGUAGGACAGCACAGCAGCCAGACAAGACAAAAAACAAGAAGAGACCUUCACCGGGACAUAGUCACUCAUCCUUUAAGGAAGUGCAUCAGAAAAACUCAAGUCGAGGGAACACGGGCGGCCGAAAUUACAGAAUGUAGGGCCGGAGCGAAUGGACACAUGCCCAGUGACUUGGGGAUAGAGAAGGGAGUGGCCUUACCUGGUGCCCCUGUGGAAUGGUUCACUGUAAAACAAAACAAAGAGGAUGCUAAUGAUGGUUCGAAAAGCUCUUCACAAUGAUUUAAACCUGAGUGCUAAGGGGUUGUUGAAGGGGUUUGAUGAGGGAUCUUGUGAUUAUUUUAUACACUGCACCAUUCCAUAUCGGGAGGAAUUCUUUGUUAAUGCAAUGUAACAGACUAGUUUAGCUGCUGAGACACGAACAAGAGCUUAUUAUACCUCCAUGUGUGAGCUGCGCUGCCCCUGGCUCCAGGAAAGGUCCUGGGCGUUAGGCCGUGUCUGACAAAGAGUGGUCCAUCCUGUCGCUUGAACUCUGUGGAGGUAAAUCCGUUUACUCUGAGAGGUGAUUCAAUCACUCCUCUGAUAAGACAGGAUAUUCUAUCACCGGCUAUAUUUAACAGUUGCUACCCCAAAAAUAAUAAAAAAUCGGAUUCUCUUAUCUUCAGAGUUUGCUUCAUGCACCAUGUAUUAUCACAGAUUUUUCUAAAAGACUAAAACAAGGUUUGUUUUCAAGGAAAAAGAGCCGGGAGCUCAUUAUCAGAAGCUUUGAGUCCGAUCUGAAUUCUUCCAAAGCCCAAAGAAGUGUUGAAAACCUAUCUAAACAAAUCAAGCACCAUUAGAUUGGAUUUUGAGGAAGGUGGGAGGUACGGUCUGUACUAGAAAAAAUAUGAUGAUUAACCACAAACAAAAUUAAUCCAAUGUUUCUUUUGGCCAGGACAUGGUGCUUGUUUAGUUUUCAGAAAGGGGUCAUUGGGCGGAUUCAAAGUGCAUUUGGCAUAAAUGAGAAAAAUAGGUCAAAUAGCGACAAGCAAAAUGCCACCGUGUCCAAUCUUGUUACACAAUGAUCAACAUUUCAAGAAGGUUCCAUCAACAAUCACUCUUAUAAAACCUUUUAAUUCUCGUGAAGAACUGACACAGUGUUACCGGGAUCUGUCAAUAACGAAGAUUAAAAGCAAAAGACAUCGAGGCUGGAACAAUAGUCAGUUGAGACAGAUGCUUUUAAUGAUUGAUAGAUCUUGGCCUGGGAUGUUUGGUUAGUUGAGGGAGGCUGUGAACUUUUGCUGCUUCAGUUGCCGCUCGGACUGCGUUAUCUGCCCCGAUGGGGAGAGUAUAAAAAAAAACUCUUCCGUUACAAAGUCUGUCGGAAAAAUCCGCAGAAUAAACGGUUUGGUAAAUAUUGCAAACCAAAACAAGUCCUCCUGACAUUGUGAGAUACGGCACACAUACACAAACACAAACAACGCACCGAGAAAAAAAUUAGUGUUGUGUAACUGUGAGCAAGGGUCAAGUACACACAGACACAAACACACACACACACACACACACACAAAUGAAAAAAGCCUGUUCUGAGAAGUUCCGGCUGUUGGUUCAAGCCUCCGAUGCAAAUUUCCUUUUAUUCGCACGAACCGCGCAAGACGUCUCAUCUCUGGCUCCGCCUCCUCUGCCUGUGUAUAAUCAAACAGUACUCCCAUUUAUGUUAACCUAUGCAUCGCUAUCAUUCAUUGUACAUGAUGGUUUCAUAUAAAAAAACUGUAUUAAGAAUCCUAUCCACUGUAUAAUGGUGCUAUUUUGUAGUUUGUUACUUGCAAGAGAUGUCUGAGACGGACAGGUGGCAGGGCGUACAUCGGAGGUCUUCCCUUUUGCACAGCCUCGUGGCCACCAUUUUAAUAGUGUUUUUAUUUGUAAGCUGUUUCAAAUAAGGUAGUAGUGUAAGCGAGUAAAUGUAUCUGUGUGAAAUCUGUGAAUGCAUGGAGAAUUAAAAGAUAAGAAAAUACCAUGGUGUGGUCCCAAGAAGGCAAAAAAUGCUAUUUUUUCUACUGUUUUUAAAUUAUUUUCUCAACAUAGAUCCCUUAUGCCAAAUAACUUGACAAAAGUACUGUGAACUGUGAUUCUUCCAAUUGUAUUGAGAUUGUCAAAAGUCAUGGUGUGCUUUUGUCUGUCACUGGAAGCCAUUGUACUCACGAUUAAAAUCACUUAAAGCGAGACUACAUAACUUUUGCUGGACAGCGGCCACUCUGGCCAAAAGUGGUAAUUACAGGGCCAUCAAUUACGCAUUGGCUUUGCCUCUGUUUCCCAGAUAGUCGUUACUCCGAUGCUUUAAAAAGACAUCAUCACGUUUAUUGCUAAAAUGCUAACAUUUAGAUUAGUAGGCACACAAUUAGUGAACAGCAAAUGUAAAUGUUGUCUAGCGUAAAGGAGAAGUAUGAAUAAGUAAGAAUAACUUGUUUUCUUGAUAAAGGCUCAUUGAUGCUGCCUUAACGUACGAAAAGAGCCCCUUCAUGUGUCGUGUACGUUGGCAUGGAUGAUCAGAAAUAUAUCCCCUAGAGGGCAGCACAGAGUUGAGAGUGAAUUUCUUCUAUACGCGCACAAAUCCAGACGGAAUGAACGCAGAGUUCCAACAGAAGGCUCUUUCUACAACGCUGAGCAUAAAUUAGCCUUUAAAUGAGAAGAUGGACACGACUCUCGUGUCCUUCUAUUAAAUAUAAGGCUGCAGUCAGAAGCCUUGUAUUUUAAACAUUAUAAACAAUAUAAAUUUACCUGUUGGGUUGGGUUUCUUAAACUUCAGACAGAGCAAGCUGUUUCCAGUCGUUAUGCUGAGCUAACUGGGGCGUAGCUUUAUAUUCAGCUUACAGGUAUAUGAGCACUAGAGCUACAGCUAACAUUAGCCUGCAAAAUAAGGUUGUAGCAAUGAAAUCCCAUAGUAUUAAAUUGAGCUGAGGUAUAUUUUAUUUCUCAUUAAUUAUUUCUCAUAAGUUACACAGUCAUCGCUUUAAGGGUAAAUCAAGGACUUAAAUUCAUAUUGUGCAAACCAUUUGUCCACAGCUCUCUGAAUCAAAACUUAUUUUCAAUGUGUGUGUUUAUCUAUGAUGAUAAAGGUUUUUUAAAAAUGGAGAAUUUGCACGUAAGCUUUGGUGUCUAAGUAAAUUCUCGGACUUGGUUUGACCUGGCGACUGAAAUGAAGAAGACGCUGGUUGGACGACAUCGCUGUUCCGCUUAGAUCUUUAGAUUUACAGUACAAACCAAAGACUUUUUGAUGGAAAACAAACUUCACUCAGUGUUAUUAAGUCAUGAACUCAACCUAGAUCAUUAAAUAGCAAUUACAGCCACCCCUGUGUGAACUGCACUGCAGCUACAAUACGCCCUUCACACUCUGUCUCUGGCACCUGGAACACAGCUCAUAUAAUAGAUAGUAAAAUGGGCCGGUCACAUGGUGUAGCUGGGAUCUUCGCAGCAGCGAUGAAGAAAAGCUACAGCAACCAAACUCUGAAUCAUCUAUGAAACAUCUCUGUUCUGUCACUUGUGUGAAAUAAUCAAUAAAACCCAAAAAUGUGGGAAGGGAGGGGGGAAGGGUAAAACAAGAAAAAACGUAAUUUCCUGAAGCUCACUGUCCAAGGAACUGUUUGAUCACGGCGCUGUUGUCCAUGGUGCUUGAUUGCCUUCUGUAGAAAAAAAAAUACUGACAAAUUGUUCACCAUUCCUGCUGAAUAAACCACUUGUCAACAUCACAGAA